AUGAAAGGGCGGCCCCGGCCCCCCGAGUCCAAGCUUCAAGCUCUCCCCACCCCCCACGCCACCCUCAGCUCGACCGUGACGGUGACGGUGCGCGCUCAGAGCAGCUCCAGCCGGGCAGAGUUGCGUCCACCGGCAAAUGGUGUUGUCCACAGGGACUUGAAGCUGGAGAACAUCUUGCUCGAUGAUAACUGUAAUAUUAAGAUUGCUGACUUUGGCCUCUCCAACCUCUAUCAAAAGGAUAAGUUUCUACAGACAUUCUGUGGGAGCCCCCUUUAUGCAUCCCCAGAAAUUGUCAAUGGAAGACCUUACCGAGGCCCCGAGGUGGACAGCUGGGCCCUGGGCGUAUUGCUUUACACUCUGGUUUAUGGGACAAUGCCUUUUGACGGCUUUGAUCAUAAGAAUCUCAUCCGCCAGAUCAGCAGCGGUGAAUACCGAGAGCCCACGCAGCCUUCAGAUGCCCGAGGACUAAUCAGAUGGAUGUUAAUGGUCAACCCUGAACGCCGAGCCACCAUUGAGGACAUUGCCAACCACUGGUGGGUCAACUGGGGCUAUAAAAGUAGUGUUUGUGACUGCGAUGCUCUGAGGGACUCAGAGUCCCCGCUGCUGGCCCGCAUCAUCGACUGGCACCAUCGCUCUACUGGCCUCCAAGCGGAGGGGGAGACCAAAGUCAAGUGCUUGGCCAAACCCGGUGCCUCGGAAGGGGCUUUGGAAAGACAGAGGUCCCUGAAGAAGUCCAAGAAGGAGAACGACAUUGCCCAAUCGGGCCAGGAUGGGCCGGUGGAGAGCCCGUCCAAGUCCAGCUCCAAGAGGCCCAAGGGCAUCCUGAAGAAGAGAAGCAACAGCGAGCAUCGCUCUCACAGCGCGGGCUUCAUCGAAGGGGUGGUCAGCCCCACGCUCCCUUCCAGUUUUAAAAUGGAGCAGGAACUGUGCAGGACCGGGAGCCCCCUGAAGAGCCCCGUGGAGGCCGAGGGAGCAGGCAAACUGGGGCCCAAGCAGUCGGCGACGAUGCCUAAAAAAGGCAUCUUGAAGAAGACUCAGCAGAGAGAGUCUGGCUACUACUCCUCUCCAGAACGGAGCGAGUCAUCCGAAUUGUUGGAUAGUAGUGAGGUGCCCGGAGGCAGCCACCUCCCCUCCCCGGGAACCUCUGACUCGACCAGGGGGGGCUACCGCAGGAAAGGCAUCUUGAAGCACAGCAGCAAGUACUCGGCGAGCAGCACGGACUCCACGCUCGUGGGCCCUGGGGCGCCCACGCUGGAAGCCACGGAGGAGCGGGGCGUCCCGGGGGAAGGGCUGUCUCGCAGCUACAGCCGCCCGUCCAGCGUGAUCAGCGACGACAGCGUCCUGUCCAGUGACUCCUUUGACCUGCUUGACCUGCAGGAGAACCGGCCCGCCCAGCAGCGCAUUCGCAGCUGCGUCUCUGCCGAGAACUUCCUCCAGAUUCAGGACUUUGAGGGACUUCAGAACCGGCCGAGACCUCAGUACCUGAAACGGUAUCGGAACCGCAUGGUGGACAACAGUUUCUCCCUGCUCACGGACAUGGACGAUGUGACUCAGGUGUAUAAGAAAGCCCUAGAAAUCUGCAACAAACUUAAUUAG